AUGACGACUGUCACUCUCACCGGCGCUAAAGGCCGCACAAUCCAAGUGCCCACCACUCUUUUCAUCAACAACGAAUUCCUCCCCGCUUCCACCCCCUCCUUCACACUCACCAUCGAGAACCCCUCGACCGGCACUCCCCUCGCGACCAUCUUCUCCGCCAGCCCCUCCGAUGUCGACCACGCCGUCGCCUGCGCCACCCGCGCCCUGCCGGCAUGGAAAGCCACUCCCGGCGCCAUCCGCGGGACGCUCCUCCACAAACUCGCCGAUCUAAUCGAACGCGACACCGAGGACUUUGCCUCCCUCGAAGCCCUAGAAGGCGGCAUCCUCUACACCGACAGCAAAAACAUCAACGUCCCCCAAGCCGUCUCCACACUGCGGUACUUCGCCGGCUGGGCAGAUAAAAUCGACGGCAAGACACUUCACCUCCCUGACGGCGGAGUGGGGUAUACCUUCCAGGAGCCAUUGGGUGUUUGUGCUGCCAUCGUCCCUUGGAAUGCGCCUUUAAUGAUCACCAUCUGGAAACUCGCCCCCGCCUUAACAACCGGCAACGCCCUCCUCAUCAAACCCUCCGAACUCACCCCCCUCUACGCACUCAAACUCGCCCAGUUAGUCCGCGAAGCCGGCUUCCCACCCGGCCUGAUCGCUAUUCUCCCCGGCGAUGGAAUCACCACGGGCCACGCGCUCUCCUCGCAUCCGCUGAUUCGCAAAAUCUCCUUCACGGGGUCGACGCUCGCUGGUCGCGCCAUCAUGAAAGCCGCUGCCGCUAGUAAUCUGAAACAAGUUGCAUUGGAACUAGGCGGGAAGGGGCCCUCGAUUGUUUUUUCCGAUUGUGAUUUGAAUAAUGCGCUGCUGUGGACGCGGAUCGGGAUUACCGCGAAUAACGGACAGAUUUGUGCGGCAGGGUCGAGGGUGUAUGUGCAGCGGGGUAUCUAUGAGAGGUUUUUGGAGGAGUAUGGGUUGGUGGUGGGGGAUGCGUUGGAGGAGGGGACGACCAAGGGGCCUGUGGCGAGUCGGAUGCAGUUGGAGAAGAUCUUAGGGUUUGUGAAGGAGGGGAAGAAGGGAGGGGCCAGGUUGUUGUUUGGGGGGGAGAGGGUGGGUGAGAUGGGGUAUUUUGUCCAGAAUACGGCGUUUGCGGAUGUUGGGCAGGAGGAGAGGAUUAUGAGGGAGGAGGUUUUUGGGCCGGUGGUGUGUAUCGCGCCAUUUGAUACAGAAGAGGAGGCCAUUGCAUUGGCGAAUGACUCGGCACAUGGAUUAAGUGCAGCUGUGUUCACGAAUGACAUCAAUUGCGCCCAUCGCGUCACGGCAGGUAUCGAGUCCGGUCAGGUCACGGUCAAUGCGUGGUCGAUGUUGGCGGCAAAUGCGCCGUUUGGCGGCGUCAAGGAGAGCGGGUUUGGGCGGGAAUUGGGCGAGGAGGCCCUGGAGGGAUGGACGACCUUGAAGACGGUCAAGUAUAAUAUUCUGCCGAAGCUGUAGCUGCCUACAUAGACCAGGGAUUUAGAUGGAACAGCUUGCUUACAGUGUCUUUCUCGACAUCGGGAUAGCUGAGAUUAGGGUUGCGAUGACCUUGUCGAGCCAAUGCAUGAAUACCUCAUUUAUUAAUC